AUGGGUGGUAAGAUAGAUAGAGAUGUGAACAAAAAUGGUGGUCCACCAAUUUUUCGGAUACAUGGACAAAACUUCCACUACAUUGGUAGUCUUUUGCCUGUGGACGGGAAAAGACCACAUUUUGCGCAGUUGUAUAUAUAUGAUACUAAUAAUGAAUUGAUGAAUCGUCUCAAUUCCGUAAGGCCAAACGGUGAUCUAAAUGACAUCCAUGAAGAAAUUGUCAAGGAUAUUCAACAAGCGUUGGAUGCAAAUAAUAUUUUGGUAAAGUCCUUCAGAAUGGCCCGUUCAGAAAUAGAAAAAAAUCCUUUGGCUGAGGUAAAGAUAAAAUUGCUUGGUAAGAGAUCAAAGGAUGCGAGAACUUACAAUUUGCCUCAAGUUUCUGAAGUUGCUGCAUUAAUUGUUGGCGAUAUGGAUGCAAAUAUUGGUGAGCGUGACAUCGUUGUGGAAACAAAGAGCGGCCUAUUACAACGAAUUAGUGAACUAAACCCAGCUUACUUACCAAUGCAAUACCCGUUGUUGUUUCCUUACGGUGAGGACGGUUAUAGGGAAGACAUCCAAUUCUCCACAUUAAAAGGAAACAGUUCAGGUGGUCGUCAAAGGAUUAGUCCGAGGGAAUAUUUUUCAUACCUCAUCCAGUCAAGAUUAUCGCAGGCUUCUACAUUACUGUAUGCAAAAAGGCUUUUCCAACAAUUUUUGGUGGAUGCGUAUACAAUGGUGGAGUCAGGAAGGUUGAUAUAUAUAAGGACACAACAAAAAAGUUUGAGGUGCGAAACAUAUAAUUGCUUGAAUGAUGCAUUAACACGCGGUGAAGUGGAUCCUCGGACUCAAGGAAAGAGAAUAAUAUUGCCUUCAAGUUUUACGGGUGGUGCUAGAUACAUGAUACAGAAUUACCAGGACGCUAUGACUAUAUGUAGAUGGGUUGGAUACCCGGAUCUCUUUAUCACAUUCACAUGCAAUCCAAAGUGGCCUAAGGUGAAACGCUUCUUGAUUGAUCGGAAUUUAAAGCCAGAAGACCGGCCUGACAUAAUAUGUAGAUUAUUCAAGUUGAAGUUGGAUGCUUUAAUUUCUGAAUGCAGGAAGAACAAGUUGUUUGGACCCGUCAUUGGAGGUACUUAA